AUGAAUCCAACCGGUUUAUCGUUACUGCGAGCCGUCUGUAUAGCGGGGCUUCUAUCACUUCUUCACUGCGCAUAUUCUGCUGCACAGCAGCCGUUCACACGAUUACCGUUGGAUAUUAUACUGCAGACGGUUGUGAGCUUAAUUGCGCUUGUUUACAGUGCUACUUAUAUUGCUGGCGAAUUUCAGCCAAUACGCUCAGAUAUACAGAAUCGCACAAAAUCAUGGGAUACGGUUGGAAAUUGCCCGUCUUUUUAUACUUUCACUCAUCGUGCGAAAACCUUGUCACCGUCUUACAGUGCGGCUGGUCACCACUUCGGCGAUUCUGCCUGGGUUAGCUUUUAUAUUUUACUAUCUGAAUUGAAGUAA